AUGGGAAGAAAGAGGAAGAUGCCUGCCCCAACAUCGCCGGCGCCGGUGGCGAGAAAACUUCGGAGUAACACACGGAUCGAGGAAUCGGGCGCGGUCACCGCCGUCUCGCAAGUGGAAAACCAAGGGACAUCAGCGAAAAAAGACGGCAACUCAACUGAGCUUCCUGGUCGUUUAUAUGCGGCAGACUGUUACCCAGGAGGACCUCAGAGACUAAACAUCUAUGCGAAAGCAAAUGUCAUCGGCCAAGUGGUUGCGGCGUUGCAAGGGCAUGAGGAGUUGGAACAUCUCCGGCAAACGCAGUUCGCCGGAUUGCUGAAUCUUCCGGUAGCACGAUCCUCUAAUUCCGCUAAACUUAUUCACGCUCUGCUUGCCCGGCAACUGGUGACUAGGAGAAGAUAUGAACUGUGGACAGUGUUCGGUCCGAACCCAAUUCGUUUCUCGCUCAGGGAAUUUAAACGAAUUACUGGGCUCUACUGCGGGAAAAUUCCGGAGGACCAUUUGGCGGAGAGGGAGACAAGUCCAGAAACGAGUUCAUCAAGUCAGUCUACUGAAGACGAUGAUGGGAAAAAGAAACAAAUGUCAACUAUGUGGAAAGACUUGUUUGGGAGGAAGGAUGCGCAAGUAACUGUUGAUGAUGCCAUUGCCAUGCUAGAGGAUCCGAAUUUGGCUCAGUGGAAAAGGAUGCCCCUGGCUCUUAUAAUCCUGGUGGAAGGUGUUCUUAUAUGCCGUGACAAGCAUCUCGUAUUCACACCCUCAUACGUGGAUAUGCUAUGCGAUAUGGAGUACUUCCUCGAGUUUCUUUGGGGCAGAGAAUCUUUCUUGAAAACGAUAGUGAGGUUUAUCCCCAGCGGAAAUGUUGAAGGAGUCGGCGAUGAAUCGGCGGAGGGAGAUCUGCUGGCUUUGGAAGCCAUUCCGCUUCUUGCCCAGAAAAUCCCCGACCCCGGAAACCUGAAUACCUUUCUGACUGAUCCCAAACCCACAAAGAAUACUAUUACUAUUCUUCAUCUGAAUACGAUUGUGGACGUGGAACGCGAUCCUAACUUGGAGGUGUUGUGUUCGUAUGACGAGGAUGAAGCGGAGGAGGUGCAGUGGGAUGAUGAAGUGGUCGAUGAAAAAGUUGAAUACUUACUGAAACUCAAGAGGGGCGGUUACAAGUUUAAGAAGUCUGAUUUCAAAGGCGGAGACACAACCUUUGUUCCCAUCGUAAACGCGAAGAAUAGAGAAGGAAAAAACGGGAGGAAAAGAAAUCAUGUGAAGAUGGAGGGGACGGAUUCCAAGGAUGGUCCGACACCAAAAAAGGCCGUAGAAAAGAAGGAGAAACAAGGAGUGAAACCUUUGCGCAGAGGAGUGCCAAAGAGAAAGAGGGGCCGUGAUGGUAGGGAUAGAUCGAAGAGUGUUGAGGAAUCUGGCGAGGAAUUUCUUCCUCAGCAGGUGGUAUUGGAAAUUGUCGACGAGAUGAAGAGCUGGAUGUUAGGCCAUCUGAACCAAAUGAAGGAAGCUCUUUUGGUAGCUGUGGCUGAAGAGAGAGAGAAGGGAAAGGAGAAAGUUGAAGGCGGAGGCUCAACAGACGGGAAAGAAAAUGCAAGGGCCGGUGCGAAAGGAAAUAUUGGAAGACCUAGGGAACCUACUCCGGGUCAGGGUGAAAAAGGUGGAGAAAGUGGUUGGGAAACUGAAAGUGAAAAAGAAAGUUAUAAACUUCUCGCUAGGAGAGGAAAUAGGGAAAAAGUGGCAGCUGAAAACGAGGAAGCGUCGGCAGGACUCAGAAGCGAUGAGGAGACGAGUACGUGGAAGUAUUACGGUGGAACUCUGGAUGUGUUGGCUGAGUUAGGCGUUGAUAAAGUAGACAAAUCUCCGAAUGUAGGAGAAGAAUUGGGUGGUCGUGGGGAAGGAGGAACCGUUGUAGCUGACGGAGGAAAGACGAACCGUAAGGAGGACAAGGUGUGGAUGCUGGGGAGAAGGUGGUGGAUGUGGGGAGGAAGAAAAUAA